CGUGGCCGCGUUGUCACGUUGGACGUGUGAUUGGUCUACCCCUUCGUUUGGCACACGAAUCCUAUUCGCGACAGUCAUGUGGAUAAUUGUGACGUGUAAUCUCGCUCGCGAUGCAACACUUGCAGCAGCCGCGAUCCGUCGUGGGAUUCAAAUGCGUGUGCAGUAAUAGUAAUCGCGUGAAACAUAAUGCGCGAGUGGGUGUGUGUGGUCGAUUAGGUUCCCUGUCACGUAUGCGGUCCCGCAAAUGACGAAAGUCUCACAGCGAUAUGUGAAUAGAUCUUGGAGCGACGUAACAAAUAUUGGAGAAAUCCGCGAUUUCUACAGUGAUUUUGUGAUUAUUAAGCCAUCGCUUUCUAUGAUCUUCCGAGAAAGAGAGAGAGAGGAGAGAGUCGUGAUCCGUGUCUCGAGUCCGUCCUUUUUAGGGAAUGACAUACAUUUGGAUACGAUUGAAUCGGAUGCUGUUCGGGAACGUUCUUCUGUAGCGAAUGAUAUGCUGCUGUACCAAUGAAGAUAUCUCAAAGUUAAUAAACUUUAGCUAUAGGUAAUGUGAUUUCUUCAUGGUAUUUGUUAUUUUAUGCUGAACUGUUAUUUCAAGAUGCAUUUUUCUAUACCUGAUACUCAAGAAUUUACUGAUGGAGCUGGAAAUACAUAUAUCGGAUACAAUAUUCAUAUUAAUGGUUUAUUUCAUUGUACUGUGAGAUAUAAACAGCUGUACAAUUUGCAUGUACAACUCUCUAAAGAUCUCGACAUGUCAUUGCCUAUAUUUCCUCCAAAAAAGUUUUUUCCUUUGACACCUACUCAGCAAGAGGAGCGACGAUUAGCUUUGGAAAAAUAUAUUCAGUCAAUUGGUCAAAAUGUAGCCAUAAACAAUUCUGAGAUAUUAAAUGGAUUUUUAUUAAAUGCUCAACAAGAAACUGUAGGUGACUUGUCUGAAACUGAAACUUUAGAUAUAUUUCUCAUGAAUGGAUCAAAAAUUUCAUUAAAUGUUUCUACAGGAGAAUAUUCUGGUGGAAUUUUAAAGAAAGUGUAUAAACAUAUAAAAUUAAUAGAAAAAUAUCAUUCCUAUUUUGCCCUAUUUGUUAUUAUACAAGAUGAAUUAUCUAAUAAUAUAAAAAUAUUGCGGAAAUUACAAGAUUUUGAGUCACCUUUUAUAACGUACAAAUAUAUGAGUUCUAUGGGUGCAAAAAUUGUUCUCAGAAAAAGUUAUUGGGAUACAACAUAUGAUCUUGAGUUAUUGAACGAUCCAGUUACUCUGAAUUUAUUAUAUGUUCAAACAACUGCGGAAAUUUGCAGUAGAUGGAUACUGGCUAAUAAGGACACACAGUAUCAUUUGGAAAACUUGCAAAAAUCCAGAAACAAAAAAGAAUACUUGAAUGUAGCUCGUUAUUUAAAAUAUUAUGGCUACAUACAAUUUUCACCAUGCUAUUGUGAUUAUCCUCAACAUGGUUCAAGAGUAUUACUUGCUAUAGGUGGAAAUGAAUUAAACUUACGCAUUUUAUCAUCCGAAGAGCAAGAAAUUGUAUUUAAGGUUUCGCGAAUGCGAUGCUGGCGUAUUACCACUAUACAAAAUGCAACGGACCAUCCUGAAGAUAAUUACGAGUACAGUCUGGAAUUAUCCUUCGAAUAUCUAAUUGCUAGGAACAAAUUGCAAUGGAUUACUAUUGUUUCUGAGCAAGCGAUUUUAAUGUCCGUUUGUCUACAAGCUAUGAUCGAUGAGUUGUUACAAAAAUGUGUAGUGGGCAGCAGAAUUCAGGUAGAAUCUGGAAAAUCUUGGACAUAUAUUAUGAGGGACGGCCAAAGUCGUAUCAAUAUGGGAUCUCCUUUGCGAGAAUGUGCCAAUAAUAAUCAUUUACCUAAAUCGGGACCAAUUAUAAAAAAACUCACAAGUAAAUGGUCGGCUGUGACGUCGAAAAAAUCAAAUGAGUCAGCUGUCGAUAAGACUCAUACAACAUGCCCAACAACUAAUGACUUUGAUAUUGUGGAAAAUAAUGUUUUUCGAAUGAUAGGAGAUGAAGAUUUAUAAGUCAAAUAAUUUUUUAUGGGAAUUGAGAUAUAAGCCCAAUGAUAAGAAAAAUAACAGCGUAUGCCUUAUCUAAGUAAUCUUUUCAAGAUAUAUUUUGUAAUACCUACAAAUCAGUAAGUUUCCAAUUUAAAAUUAAUGAGAAAUAACUAUCAAGAUUAAUUAAUUGUUGAACUAUGCAUAUUUAGUGUCUUCUGUAUCAAUAUGUGAUUAAAAUGCAUUUAUAUUUAUUGAUAACUUUACAUAAAAUAUCUAU